AUGCGGCUACAGCAAGAAAGAAAAGCUAGUCGCCCAAAAUCCAAGAUGGAGGAACUUGUGAUGCGAAAAGAAGACAUCGAGAGAGAAAUAACUGAAUUAAGUGCUCUUCUCGAACAACAAUGUGGAGUUGGGAUGUCUGGCCCCUUAUUGGACAAUGAAGGCUACCCACGUUCAGACAUUGAUGUGUACUCUGUACGACAUGCUCGGCAUCGUAUCAAAUGUUUGCAGACUGACCACACCCAAGUGAUGAAAGAGAUUGAAGAAAAACUCUUGCGGAUUCAUGCUGAGGUACGGGACAGUAAGAACAAUAAUACAGAGGCCAUUAGCAGACAGCCACGGUUGCCACCCAGGGUGCUGCCUGCGUUUGCCAAAGUUGACAAGGUUGAACCAGGAUCUCCAGCUUCAAAAGCAAACUUGCAAAUUGGUGAUGAAAUAUUGCGUUUUGGUUCCAUUCAGCAUAAAAACUUUGAAAAUCUCCAGGACGUUGGCAAAGUUGUCCAGUAUAGCAUUGGGAAAACAAUUUCUGUGAGUGUCCUUCGGGAUGGCAAAGAAAUUCGUUUGACAUUGAUUCCCAACAAAUGGAGUGGACGGGGAUUGUUGGGAAGGAGUCGCUUCAGCAGCCAAGUUCCUCCCUCCAGCAGCCAAGUUCCUCUCCCUUUCUCUCUCUCUCUUCUCCUCCUUUCUCUCUCUUCUUCCUUUAGCUUUCUCUCCUCUCUCUCUCUCUCUCUCCUCUUUUACCUCUCUCUCUCUCUUCUCCUCCUUUACCUCUCUCUCUCUCCUCCUCCUCCUUUCUCUCUCUCUCUCUCUCUCCUCUCUUCUCCUCGCUUUACCUCUCUCUCUCUCUCUUCUCCUCGCUUUACCUCUCUCUCUCUCUCUUCUCCUCGCUUUACCUCUUCUCUCUCUUCUCCUCCUCUCCCUCCCCCCUUUACCUCUCUCUCCUCCCAAAACUUUUAUGGAUAG